CACGUAUGAUGGCGGCUGUUAACUUGGUCUCCCUUUUUUUGCUUACUGUCAUGGUGUCCGGCGCCUUAGCUCAAGGAAGGCUCGCGGACUGUUGUCGCAGAAUCAAAGACACGCAAAUCCAUCGAGACCUGCUGACAAAGUACUACGUUCAACGGCCGCCGUCUUGUUCUCUGCAGGCUGUUGUUUUCAGCACAGUGCAAGGCAAGAGAAUCUGUGCUGACCCUGACAAGUUGUGGACACAGACCAGCAUGGCAUACCUUGAUGGAAAGAACUGUCAUGUUCCUCAUUGACUGCAGUAAUCUCUUCAUAUUUUCGACAAAA